GCGCUGAACCCGAAUUAAUCGACCCGAUCCGACCCGACCCGACCCGAUCCCACUAAUGGGUACCCGAUAUAACGCCCAUAUCCCGCGCAGUUCCGACGACUCACCGGCGCACUGACGUCACGGCCCGUGGCAACUCUAGUCGCAGACGCGGCCGCCCGAGUUUCGCGCCGUUACUUUCUUCCCUCGUCUGGACGACAUUUGGCGCGGGAUAAGGACUGAGGGGACUGGCCUGUGGACUGUGGUGACGCCCGCUCAACGGCCGCGCGCGCUCACAGGUACACGCACACAUACACACUCACGGACACACACUCGCGGACACGCACAGACGUACAGACACACGCACUGGAGGUUCUCAUUCUUUGAUCUGCAUUCAGCAGUUCCACAGGUGUUGGAUACGAGACAGUUGCCAGAUGAAGAAGAGCCAUUGUUUGUAACAGCGAGAGAGAGAGAGGAAGCCGAGGAGAGUCCCACCAACUGACACAGGACCGUGACACGUUCAUUGCCACCAGAGACAUCUACGUGCUGAUUUGGCAAACACGCCCCCCCCCCCCCCCCUCCCAUCUCCUUCACCGCUACAACAACUCCUUCCCAUUGAUUCUUUCUUGACUUGAUUACCCAAGAAACGAUGACGUCAUAAGAGCGAGCACUUUUCCCUCGUAAGCCCCUGCCUAAAACCCAGGACUUCUCCGGCACUACUUGACUCCGAGCAUGGGAAUCGAUACCUCAUUAGGAUACAUGUUUAGAUCGUGAGCUUUGACUAAUGGCGGGCACGAGCAAAGAAACAGAUUGAAGAUCGAUAUAUCGAAACCACCCUAGAGAAAACGUGACGGUUUGUGUUCACGACGCGGGAAAACAGGAAGUGCUCAAAGAGGAUUGGAGGGCAGAUCAGAAAGCGAGCAGGAACACCAUACCCCCCCUCGCCCCCACCCCGCCCCCACACCUGCAUUUUCGUUUACCUUAACCAUAAUGUGUUGUUUUUUCAACAGUUAAUUACGCCUUGAGAACUAUAUUAUAGAAGAUUUUUCGACGUGAGUUGUGCUAGAAGGAUCUGUGUGUUCUGUGGCAUGAUGACGUAAACAAAAGACUCACGUCUGCCCUGAGACAAUCAUUUUUUCCAGACAUCCGACUAAAUUCGAACUUCAAGUGAGAGUUUCAAGGGAGUAAACCACGUCCAUUUUGGGGGUUCGUGGUCUAAGUUUUCUCUUCAGUGUUUCGACAUUUCUCGACAUGGCACUGUGUGCGUGCUCUUCAACCUCUAUGGAAACAUCGUUCAGCUGCUACACACAGACACCGUGUGAAGGCUUACACUCAACACACACUAGUCGUCAGAAUUUCAUAGCUCGAUGGCUUCAGAGCUGAACAGCGUGACUGUCCUUUUCUUUCUACAACACAGUAUUUCGACACGGUCUCGCUCAAUGACGUCAUCUUAGCUAAACAACGAGGAGGCUGCUAUAAUCUUUUUCUACACGAGACAGUGUCUUCUCAUAUAGACGAAGACACCUGACUUGUUUUGUUUUUCUUUUAGAGUUCGUGUGACGACACAUCUGGUUUGGGAAGGAAUCUUACCUAAAAAAAAGACCCAGUUCUGUCUGGUUGUCAGAGUCAAAGAAAGAGAGAGAGAGAGAGAGAGAGAGAGAGAGAGAGAGAGAGAGAGAGAGAGAGCGCAGAAGUUUCUCCUCCUUUUCUCUCUCAUUCAAGCUCAAGGCCAACAGUCAAUCGAACGACGAGUUCGUUCGGGAUUUUUUUCAGGGGACCAACAAUUUUUUCGUAUUCUGAUUGGUUAAAGGGCCCAGCGAUACCAAAAUGGCGUCGGACGCGAGACCGCCACGGUCCAAAAACCUGCCGACCAUCUUGUCCAAACUGAAAGCCAUGUCCAGCUCGUCCGAGUCACGUGAGCUCAACUCCCGGGCGGGUCACGUGAGCCGGAACAACAGCACGGAGGACGGUGGAGGGCGUGGCCGUCCGGAGCCACGCGGCACACCACGUCUGGCGUGGGCGUCACGGCGUGACUCCUCCAUGUCAACAAUCUCGUCGCUAGGCAACGGGCCGGGCGAGCACACGACGCCGGGGAAACCUCUGCUGGCGCGCAUCCCGUCCAUCAUGUCGUUAGGAGGGUCUACUUCUCCGUGGGGGAAGAGGCUGAAGAAAAAACGCGACGCGGAGGAGUACGCCGCCCAGAAACUUGCGCGACAAAAAGCUGAGAUGAUCGCGUUCUACAAGGGCACGCCCAUGACGGACGAUAGAGCGACAUCCACGGAGAUUCUGAGAUUUCUCUACGACCUGUGGGAACCCCAGCUCUGCCCGUCCUACCGACGUGACGCUAACAUCUCCACCUCCUGCAGGCAGGAUCUCCGGAGCGCGCGGCGGAUCGCACAGGCCAUGCCACGACGCGCGGCCAAGUUACACCGAGCAAGACUGGUGAUAGACACAUGCACGCGCAUGUCCGUGAGUGGUGGGGCGCCGGACAGUGCAAGGGGGUCUGUACCCUCACGGCCUCAGAGUGCUAAGUCUGUAAUUUGAUGACCAUGUGAGGUUAGGAGUAGUAGUAUAGUGUGUGUGUGUGUGUGUGUGUGUGUGUG